AUGCAGGUGACAUUCUGCAGACUUCGGACUCACCAGUGGUGUUUCAUUCUAUUUAAUGUUAUCCUGUUUCAUGCUUUGCUUUUUGGGGCUGAUUUUGUGGAAGAAUACUUUCUGCAUGCUUUGCCUUAUGUGGAUAUGAAAGCUCUUGAAAUUAAGGAGAAGGCAAGAAAAUUGAACACGGAGCCCCUAAGAAGUAAUCUUUCCAAGUAUUACAUCCUGAGCCAGUCGGAGCUGUGUAAAGGGAAGAAUAUAUUUUUACUCUCUCUUAUCUUCAGUAGCCCGGGAAAUGGAACAAGGCGGGACCUCAUCAGGAAAACCUGGGGUAACGUGACCAGUGUUCAAGGGCACCACAUUCUCACACUGUUUGCUUUGGGAAUGCCCGUUUUGGUAACUACCCAGCAAGAAAUAGACAAAGAGUCCCAUAAGAAUAAUGAUAUAAUUCAAGGAAUCUUCUUGGACAGUGCUGAGAACCAAACCCUGAAAAUCAUCACGAUGACGCAGUGGGCUGUGACUUUCUGCCCUAAUGCCCUGUUCAUUCUUAAGGUUGAUGAAGAGAUGUUUGUCAAUGUCCCGAGCUUGGUAGACUAUCUUCUUAAUCUGAAAGAUCACCUGGAGGAUGUCUAUGUAGGAAGAGUUAUCCAUCAAGAUACACCCAACAGGGAUCCUAAUAGUCAAGAAUUUAUCCCUUUUAGCGAGUAUCCAGAAAAGUACUACCCAGAUUACUGCAGUGGCGAGGCCUUUAUUAUGUCCCAAGAUGUGGCUCGGAUGAUGUAUGUGGUUUUCAAAGAAGUACCCAUAAUGGUUCCUGCUGAUGUGUUUGUAGGAAUUUGUGCAAAGUCUAUUGGCCUUAUACCCAUCCACAGUUCAAGGUUUUCUGGAAAAAGGCACAUCAGAUACAACAGAUGUUGCUAUAAGUUCAUUUUUACAUCCUCAGAAACUACAGAUAUUGAAAUGCCCCUGGCAUGGAAGGAAAUUAGCAGUGGGAAAGAAUGUACCCUGUUUGAGACUUACUACGGGCUCAUUUCCUGCAAACUUCUGACAUACUUUGACACCCUUAAACGUUUCCACAUGGGUACCAUAAAAAAUGAUGGCAUGUAUUUGGGUGAUUAGUUUUUUUUUUGCUGUUUAUUAUAAAUUUGGUCUUUUUAAAUUAACUCAUACCUCGUUAUAGAAAGCAUCCCUCCUUCCUUGUGUUUUAUGUACUUUCUUUUAGCGAGUUGCAAAAUGUUAUUAGUGCUCGGAUGUACUACAUCAUAUUGAGAUUUCAUGUUACGAAAUCUAAGUUGAGAUAGCACUCUUUUCAAAAUAAAACAUUCUAUCCAAAAAAGGGAGAACAUGACAUUUAAUUAUAACCCAAAGUCUUGUUUCUCUUUACAGUCAUUGAAUUUAUAAAAAUCAUAUUCUGUGGAACUGUCAUGAUUCAGCAAUAGCAAUGGCAACUAAUUUUUGCGAAUGCUCAGAA